AGACUUUGAUUCUCUCUCCAAGGAUGAUGUCUAUGAGAAUAACCGCUUGGCUUUUGAAUUGGCAGAGCGGGAGCUGGGCAUCCCAGCCCUGCUAGAUCCCAAUGACAUGGUCUCCAUGAAAGUCCCCGACUGCCUCAGCAUCAUGACUUACGUGUCUCAGUAUUACAACCACUUCAACAACCCCAGCCAAGCCAGAGUCCCUCCGCCUAUGAAGCGCCCAGCUGCUGCCUCCUCGCCGCCUCUGCUGUCCCACAAGAAGCCUCUGUGGGCUGGGGAGCAGCUCGUGGCCGCCAUUCUGAGCUCCUCGUGUGUUGUCUCUCAGGACGAUGGCCCCUUGGACCCAUCGGAGCGAUCCCAGCGCACCACGCUCAGCAGUACCUGCGCAGCAUGCCAGCAGCACGUCCAUCUGGUCCAGCGCUACCUGGCCGAGGGCAAGCUCUACCACCGCCAGUGCUUUAGGUGUAAGGAGUGCUCCAGCACGCUGCUCCCGGGGUCGUACAAGCCCGGGUCAGAGGUGGGGACUUUUGUCUGCACACAGCAUCGUGGUAAAUUGGCCAUGAGUGGGAAGGUGGAGAGGAGACCCAGCCCAGACCGACAGUCACCAGAGCUAAGAACUGAAAGUGGGGCUGGCAGCGUGGGUGAGGAUGCCCUUCCUGCAGGAGCAGAGGUGGGGAAGGACGACGGUGACUCCCUGGAGAGCACGGCAGAGACCCGUAUACCUGCGGAAGGGCUAACUGGCCCAGCGGAGAAGGACAGCACACCCAGCAAAGCAGAGACAGCGCUGCCUCCUGCUCACACAAGCAGCGGGGCACCCGUCUCCCAAACUCCCCCCAGACCUCCCCUUCCCAGCAAGCCCACAGUGCUUACCCAGGACAAAGCCAGCUCGCUGGACGGACAUCUCAGAGACACGCGGCCCACCCCUGCCCCAAGGAGGGCCACCGACGUGUCAGCCCUCUCCCCUCCAACCUCUCACCCUGUCCCUCGGCCCAGGUCCACUCUCCCGGGCGAGGGCAACGAGUGUGGACCCAGCAUCGUGAAUGGGUACCUGAACACAGCCCCCCUGUCCCAAAACCCCGAGGGAGACCCUGCUCCUCUGAUCGGGCCUUUGUCUCUUAGGGUUUGUGAAGAGUUUGGGCGCUUCAAGAAGGUGUUUCUUGCUGGAGCUGCUGCGAGAGCCAAGGACCCGCCAUGGAUGGCCUUAGUGCAAGCAGAGCCCAAGAAGAAGCCAGCUCCCCCUCCUCCCCCAGACAGCAGCCAUGAGACUCUGAGUAGGACUUCAGAGGAGGAGGAUGGUGAGGAGGUGGGGAAAGCCAGGAGUGAGGAGAGCAGGUCUGAUGCCCCAGAGCCCAAACCGUACAACCCCUUUGAGGAGGAGGAUGAGGAGGAAGAGGAGAGUGCUACCAUCCAAAAGAGCACACCUGAGCAGGAGCAGAGCGAGACUGCUACCAAACCUCUCCACCCCUGGUACGGCAUCACUCCCACUAGCAGCCCAAAGGCAAAGAAGCGGCCAGCUCCGCGAGCCCCCAGUGCUUCCCCGCUAGCCCACCACCCCAUCUCCAGGUUGUCACACUCCGAGCCAUCAUCCUCCACCCCAUCUCCAGCCCUCAGCCUCGAAAGCAUCAACUCUGAGAGUUCAGCCAAGGUGCUGCCCCCCCCGACGGCCACCAAGACCUCUAGCACUGACACACCGCUGGCCAGCGUCUCCUCCAGCGAAAGCCCUGCUGCCCCAGCCAGCCUUUCCACCAACUCCUCCUUCUCCUCCUCCAGCGAGCUGGCCAGCUUCAGCGGGGAGGCGCAGGCCCGCACCCUCGUCUCCACCGGCAGCUUAAAGACCAGCCCCAGCCGGCUGCCCCCCAAGCCUCCUGCCGGGGCUAGCCCUACACCCAUCCUCUUGGCCUCAGAUGGGGGUGCUGGGAGCCCUAAGACACCCUCCUCGCCCAAGCCACAACUGAAGUCUUCCUGCAAAGAGAACCCCUUCAACCGGAAGCCAUCGCCUGCUGCCUCCCCCUCUGCAAAGAAACCUUCCAAAGGCUCCAAGCCAGUGCGUCCUCCUGCACCGGGUCACGGCUUCCCAUUGAUCAAACGCAAGGUGCAGACAGAUCAGUACAUCCCCGAGGAAGACAUCUAUGGGGAGAUGGAUGCCAUCGAACACCAGUUGGACCAGCUGGAACACCGUGGGGUGGCCUUGGAGGAAAAACUUCGCAGCACUGAGAAUGACAGCCCUGAGGACAGCCUGCUGGUGGAGUGGUUCAAACUCAUCCAUGAGAAGCACAUGCUGGUGCGCCACGAAUCGGAGCUCAUCUACAUCUUCAAGCAGCAGAACCUGGAGCAGCGACAGUCGGACGUGGAGUAUGAACUGCGUUGCCUCCUCAACAAGCCAGAGAAAGACUGGACCGACGAUGACCGAGGGAGAGAGAAGGUGCUGAUGCAGGAGUUGGUGACCAUCAUUGAGCAGAGGAACGCCAUUGUGAACUGCCUGGACGAGGACCGGCAGAGAGAAGAGGAGGAGGAUAAAAUGUUGGAAGCCAUGAUUAAAAGGAAAGAGUUUCACAAGGAGACGGAGACCGAGAGCAAGAAGAAAGGCAAAUUCAAGCCCAUGAAGGUGCUUAAGCUGCUGGGCAACAAGCACGAUUCCAAAAGCAAGUCACCCAAGGAGAAAAGCUAGAGGAAGGGAACACCAGAAGUGGGAGGGAUGUGCUGCCUGACUGCCCUGGCCUCCCUGCAGCUGGCUGGGAUAUCUGCCAGGAAAGGGGGCUUGUCUCCUUCCGCUCCCCUCGCCUUUCCCCCGGCUCCCUCCCCAGGCACCGGAGCUGCCGCCCCAGGGAGACGCCAGCCCUCUGCCCAGAGCCGGGGAGUCCGACCAAAGCACUCCCCUUCCCGAGGCUG